AUUCACACUAGCUGAAUGUGCCUCAUAACACAGGACCAGCCUAACCUACAGAGCAUAAAGGAGUCGAUGAUACCUGCCUGUUCCUGUCCGUCCAUCUGUCUGCUCCUGUUCCCGGUGUCCCUGUGUCCCCUGGUUAGCGCAGACAGUCUCAAGAUGUCGAGUGGAAAGGGAAUGAUGUGUGGAGGAAUGUCUUCUGAUGCACUUGAGGCUGACGAAAAAAUCCAGAAUAUCUGUGAUGGGGUGAAGGCCGAGGCUGAGGAUAAAGCAGGCAAGAAAUUUGAAGUUUUCAAAGCCAAGAGCUAUACCUCUCAGGUUGUGGCUGGGACCAACUACUUCAUCAAGGUCCAUGUUGGAGGAGACGAUCACGUUCACCUCCGUGUUUGGGCAAAACUGCCACAUCAGGGAUCAGGGGUAGAACUGAGUGCCAUUCAGCAUUCAAAGAGCCACCACGACCCUAUUGAGUACUUCUAAAUAAGACAACGCAUCAGUGCCUACGGCUGCUCCAUUUAUCAGUUAUAGUCAAAUAAUCCUGGCUUCUUCUAUAAAACAAUGCAAUACCGUACAGAAUAAUACUGUAACAAUCCAGCAAGGAUUAAAUGUAAUUGUUUAUAAGGGGAAGGAAUAAACUGCACAGAUUCAGAAGUA